GGAAACAAUCGCAGCCUAUUCUAAAUAAAAGUGUUAACAAUAAGAGCAGGAAGAAGCGGCAGUAAGGAGUAUCAUUAGCAAUGAAGCGCAACGUUGCAAUUUGAUAACGUUAUUAAAGGGAGGGCCGCAGAUGAUUUGCACAGAUUCAUCAUGGAAGAAACGUGAAUGUUGCGCUUGUGCUGUCGCAAUCAACAGGUGUAUAUGAUGAACAAGACACUGAGAAAGAACAUGAGAGGAAGCAGAAAAGAUAUCCGAAAACCGAUUAUUAAGCAAUAGUUUUCUUCUAAUUAUCAAGACCACUCGCAUGUACAGAAAAGCGCCAGCUUCGCCCCGCCUCUAUUUGUGGCGAUGCAAAUCCCUUCUGUACAACGAUGCAGCCAUCUCAUCUGAAUCUGCACAAGGUAACGCAGCCAGCGGAGAAUAAAGAGAGCUGUGGAGUGGGGGUCAUGUCUCUUUAAAUCGGAGUCAAAGCCGAUUAUAGCUGAUCUCUCUCGUACCGUCUGUUCACUGAUCGUUUUUUUUUUACGUUUUAAAGUUGGAUUUACAUUUUUCUAUGAUAAAUUGAAUUCCAUCGCUCAGACCUGGAGUUGCCACUUAUCUAUCUCUCCGUUUGUUCGUCUUAAUUUCCGUUUGCUUAUCUUUUGAGAAUAAUCUGAGCUUUAUCACAGUCAUGCCUACUAGUCCUUUCGGCUGAGAGUAGAGCGCAGAGGCAGCUUUUUGGAGAUGGGUUCCGUAGCCCAGCUGGCGCUUAUAACAACUUUCCCUUUGCUCCAUACACUGGAGGUUUUUUAAAGGAGAUGGUGGGAUUCCAGUAGGAGCCAGACUUAAGUGGGAUCAUGCAGAAGACUGUUCGCUACAAUGAGGGGCACGCUUUAUACCUGUCCAUGGUCGCGCGCAAAGAGGGCACCAAGCGUGGCUACUUGACUAAAAAGACUGCAGAGAACAGCCGAUGGCAUGAAAAAUGGUUUGCUCUAUACCAGAACGUCCUUUUUUAUUUCGAAAGCGAACAGAGUGCCAGACCUUCCGGGAUGUAUCUAUUAGAAGGGUGUACUUGCGAGAGAGCGCCUUCGCCUAAAGUCACCACAGUGGGCAAAGAAACUCUGGAUAAACAGCAUUAUUUCACAGUAAUCUUCGGCCAUGAUGCUCAGAAGCCUCUGGAGCUCCGCACUGAGGAGGAGGCCGAUUGUGAUGAGUGGGUGGAAGCAAUUCAACAAGCAAGCUACUCUGAUAUUAUUAUUGAAAGAGAGGUGCUGAUGCAAAAGUACAUCCACCUUGUGCAGAUUGUGGAGACAGAGAAGGUGGCUGCAAACCAGCUGAGACAUCAGUUAGAAGAUCAAGACACGGAAAUCGAAAGGCUGAAAGCAGAGAUUGUUGCUCUCAAUAAGACAAAGGAGCGAAUGCGUCCUUACCAGGCCAAUCAAGAAGAUGAGGAUCCAGAUAUAAAGAAGAUAAAAAAGGUUCAGAGCUUCAUGAGAGGUUGGUUAUGUAGGCGAAAGUGGAAGACUAUUGUCCAGGAUUACAUCUGUUCUCCCCAUGCUGAAAGCAUGAGAAAAAGAAACCAGAUUGUUUUUAACAUGGUGGAGGCUGAGACAGAGUAUGUUCAACAGCUCUAUAUUCUAGUCAACUUUUUCCUGCGACCAUUAAGAAUGGCGGCCAGCUCAAAGAAACCACCCAUUAGCCAUGAUGAUGUGAGCAGUAUUUUCCUCAACAGUGAGACAAUUAUGUUUCUUCAUGAAAUAUUCCAUCAAGGCCUCAAGGCUAGGAUUGCUAAUUGGCCUACAUUAGUUUUAGCUGACCUGUUUGACAUUUUAUUGCCAAUGUUGAACAUUUAUCAAGAGUUUGUGCGCAACCACCAGUACAGCCUUCAAGUUUUGGCAAACUGUAAACAGAACAGGGAUUUUGACAAACUGCUAAAACAGUAUGAAUCCAAUGCUGCAUGUGAAGGGAGAAUGCUAGAAACAUUUCUGACAUACCCUAUGUUCCAGAUUCCGAGGUAUAUUAUCACUCUUCAUGAGCUCCUUGCCCACACCCCUCAUGAACAUGUGGAACGUAAGAGCUUGGAAUUUGCUAAGUCUAAACUAGAGGAACUUUCCAGGGUGAUGCACGAUGAAGUAAGUGACACUGAGAACAUACGAAAAAACCUGGCUAUUGAGAGGAUGAUAGUUGAAGGAUGUGAUAUCUUACUGGACACCAGUCAGACAUUUGUAAGGCAAGGCUCUCUCAUCCAGUUGCCUUCUGUAGAGCGUGGAAAAUUGAGCAAAGUACGCCUUGGAUCAUUGUCACUGAAGAAAGAAGGUGAAAGGCAAUGCUUCCUCUUUACAAAGCACUUCCUGAUCUGCACCAGGAGUUCAGGAGGAAAACUCCAUUUGCUGAAGCAGGGCGGUGUCUUAUCACUUAUUGAGUGCACCCUAAUUGAGGAGCCUGAUGCAAGCGAUGAUGAAGGAAAGGUUACCGGGCAAGUAUUUGGUCAUCUAGAUUUCAAGAUCAUUGUGGAGCCUUCUGACGCCCCAUCAUUUACUGUUGUCCUGUUGGCACCUUCACGACAGGAGAAAGCAGCAUGGACCAGUGACAUCAGCCAGUGCAUUGAUAAUAUCCGCUGCAAUGGGCUUAUGACCAGUGUGUUUGAAGAAAACUCCAAAGUUACUGUGCCAUUCAUGAUCAAAUCUGAUGCUCGUCUCCAUAAAGAUGAUGUUGACAUAUGUUUCAGCAAGACACUCAACUCCUGCAAGGUUCCUCAGAUUCGAUACGCUAGUGUUGAGAGAUUGCUAGAGAGGCUGACAGAUCUGCGCUUCCUGUCCAUUGACUUCCUGAAUACCUUCCUCCACACCUACCGCAUCUUUACUACUGCUGCUGUGGUAAUGGAGAAGCUAGCCGACAUAUACAAGAAGCCCUUUACCUCAAUUCCAGUCAGGACACACUGCCGUUCUUCUGAUCGUUUAUUCUUAACAUCUACCACUCCUGACCUCAGCUUGAAGAUCACAAGAGUACUCCAGGACCCAUCAAAGUCUCUGGAGAUAUUCUUUGCUACAAAUCAAAACAAUAGGAGUGAACAAACAAAUAACAGCAAGUCGCCUCGUUUAUGCAGGAAGUUUUCAUCCCCUCCUCCCUUAUCAAUUUCUCGAACAUCUUCUCCUGUGAGGACAAGAAAAUUGUCACUGAAUUCCCCUGUGAACUGCAAAGGGGCCCUCGACCUUUCAACAUCCUCAACGGUCAGUAGUCCUACAUCCACCUACAAUCCUGCAAUGUCUCCCCCACCGGUCUCUACCAAAGCACCACUGGAUCUUAGCAAGGGACCCUCUUCACCUGAACACAGCCCUGGGCCAAAUGAUGAAAACUCUGAUCUGCCACGAAUUGACCUUUGUGGAAAGUUGAGAAGGAGCAUAAGGAGAGCUGUGCUGGAGUCUGUGUCACUGGACAAGUUUAUUCCAGAGAGCCCUCAGACAAGUGAGCCAGGAGAUAUUUCUCCUUGUAGGUCUCCUUCCACGCCACGACAUCUACGAUAUCGGCAGUCAGGAGGGCAAUCUGUGGAAACAACCCGCUGUUCUGUGUCUCCGGCCUCUGCAUUUGCAAUUGCCACAGCUGGAGCAGGCCAUGGAAGUCCACCAGCCUUCAACAACUCUGAGAGAAUGUGUGACAAAGAGUUUAUAAUUCGAAGAGCAGCAACCAAUAGAGUUUUAAAUGUUCUUCGGCAUUGGGUCUCCAAGCAUUCUCAGGAUUUUGAGAUGAAUUACGAAUUAAAAAUGGGAGUCAUUACUCUCUUAGAAGAAGUGUUACGUGACCCUGAUCUGCUUCCACAAGAGAGAAAAGCAGCAGCUAAUAUUUUAAGUGCCCUUUCUCUGGAAGACCAAGAUGAUGCACAACUGAGAAUUGAAGACAUACUUCAAAUGGCAGAGUAUCCAAAAGCAGAAUGUUUUGAAAGCCUAUCUGCUAUGGAGCUCGCUGAGCAGAUCACUCUCCUUGACCACAUUGUGUUCAGGAGCAUCCCAUAUGAGGAAUUUCUUGGCCAGGGAUGGAUGAAGGUUGACAAGAAUGAACGAACACCAUACAUUAUGAGGACCAGCCAACACUUCAAUGAUAUGAGUAAUCUUGUAGCCUCUCAGAUCAUGACACAUGCUGAUGUCAGCUCUCGUGCUAACUCCAUUGAGAAAUGGGUGGCAGUGGCUGAUAUUUGUCGAUGUCUACACAAUUACAACGGGGUGUUGGAGAUCACGUCAGCCCUCAAUCGUAGUGCCAUCUAUAGGCUGAAGAAGACCUGGCUUAAGGUUUCAAAGCAGACAAAAGCUCUUAUGGAUAAGCUUCAGAAAAUUGUUUCAUCAGAAGGAAGAUUUAAAAAUCUCAGAGAAACACUUAAAAAUUGUAAUCCACCAUGCGUUCCUUAUCUAGGAAUGUAUUUAACAGAUCUAGCAUUUAUAGAAGAGGGAACGCCAAACUUCACAGAGGAAGGUCUUGUAAACUUUUCCAAGAUGAGAAUGAUAUCCCAUAUCAUCAGAGAGAUUCGUCAGUUUCAGCAGACCCCAUACAGAAUAGACCAUCAGCCAAAGGUCACUCAAUACUUACUUGACAAAGCCCUUAUCAUGGAUGAAGACACUCUUUACGAUUUGUCUCUAAAAAUUGAACCCAGGCUUCCAGCAUGAGCAAGAGAUCACUUUCAGUACUUGUCGCAGGAAGGGCGACAGUUUAAGGAAUGCCUUUAUGAAAUGCAUGGCCCUUAGUAAGAAAGGAAAUAAUGUGAAGAAUCAAAGAGCAUCAUGAAAGGAGCUCUCAACAGAGAGGAAGACCAAAUCAUUUGGCCAGAAGAAAUGGAGGCGGAUGGCAGUAAAGAAGCAGGAGCACAGAUAACGUGAAUGGCUAACUAGUGAAAAUUGUUGGCUGAGCCACAAAGAAUCUUUAUGGCUGAAGGAACGGAGGUAGAGGACCAUUUUAAAAAAUGGACAAAACCUGUUUGAUGAAAUAUCUAUCGGAGUGACUGUGACAGUUUUAGAAACUGCACUGCUUUAAUGCAUUCUGCUCCAGAUUUCAUUUUUAAAUCUCUUCACACUGUGACUGAUUUAUUUUCUUUUUAGUUCUUCUGCACUCAGAUUUGCAAGAAGAGCUCAGGUGAUAAUUUUGUUCAUCCCACACUUGACCCAAAUAAGCACUGAUUUAUGUUUGUAAAUUGAAUGUAAAAAUAAUUUUAGAAUAAUAUCACUUAAUUCAAAUUUCAAAAUGUAAAAUUAGGUGAGCUAGUUAACAUUUACAUAUGGUUGAUUAUCAGAGUGACUGUUUGCUUUACACAUAUAUUCAUUUUGUAGAAGACAUGAAAACUAAACACCUUGAAAUGUUUUUGAAACUUUGCAUGAUGAUCCCUUCAACCCCUAGUAAGUGUGAUACACUACCAACUGCUCCACUUUUUAAGUAAUAUGCAGGGUGUUCUCAGUAAAAAUAACACCAUAGUCUUGAAGAGAAGGUUUCGUUGACUGUGUAACACUUAGCUAUUAAAUAUGCAAUGCUUACGUUUAAAUAAUCACAAUGAUUCAUUAAGCAUAAAGACAGAAACAUACACUAUACUCUAAUUUCCACUGAGUCGCUGGUAGAAAUGAAAAAUGUUUUUAGAAGUCUUUUACAAAUGAAAUACAUAUUUUGUUUUAAAUGAUGUUGGUAGCUGACAAUAUCAAGAAGCAACAUGGUUAGUAUAAUGUAUGUUAAAAUAAAUUAUUCUAGUCAUAAACCAUUGUGUAGAUACUGUGUAGGGAAGACCAACUGUACACCUCUAGGAUUCUUCUUUAAGAUGUAAUGAAUUCCUCAUUUCCAAAAUAGAAGUGUGAUAUUUUUUUUCAGUAAAACACAUUGCUGAGCAUGCAUUGUUUAAAUAUGGUAAAUAGUAUCGUAUAUGGAUAUAGGAUAUAGCAAUUUGAUAAUAAUGUGUGAUACAGUAGUCUGCCAAAGUAUUAUGGAAAUAGAAGUAUGUUUCUUUAGAAAACAAGUGGGGAGUCUGUGAUGAUCUGACAUGAACUUGGGGCAGAUAUACUCUAGGUGGCAUCCUUUUGCUUGAUAGAAAUAGAAUCUACAUAAAUGAACAUGUUUUAUAUUUGAUGCCCAUUUUUUGAUGAAUAUAACCUUAAAUAGAGACACUUUCAUAUUCAAAUUUUUAGGUUGCCAUGAUGAAACUAAUUGCAUCUAUCCAUAUUGCAUGUUUGUACAUUUAUGAGAAAGAAGAAUACAUUUGUGCUUUCAUCUACAAGCUAUAUUCUGUACAACUGGCUCUUUCCUUGUCUCAAGAAUAUGUAUAGUUUUGACAUAAAUGUUAAUUCCCAAUCAAAAUGAAAUUUUACAUGAUUCGUAUUUGUAUAUGGUCAUUACUUAAACCCCUGGAAAAACAUUCCCAAAUUAAUACAUUUUGCACAUUACAGGCUACUGUUUUAAAUUUGCCUGUGUACAUUUUCUACUUUAAGUUGCUCCUACAUAUGGAAUGAAUUAGCUAUCAAGAGUACCAAAUAUUAAAGAGGAAAGAACUUCAGUAAUGUUACAAGAGAAAGAGAAACAAUAGAUUGUUAACAGACAAUACAUUCUUAUUGUAGAUACACAAAAAAUAUGUCCUACUACAAAAGGAACCCAUAAACCAAAUUAAUUUAACCUGCUUCAUUAAGGGAAAGUACUCAUUCAUACUUUAUCUGGCUGCCAUAGUCUGUUUUUUGUAAUGUCAAUACUAUUAUUAUCAUAAAAUAUGGCUCUACAUCAUUUAUAAGCCCAAAAUGAAUUUGGAGUAUUUGGUUCAUUAUUAGAGAGAUAAUCAAUGGUACAUUUAAUUAAUAUGAAUCGUAAUUCAUUCGUUUCUAUUGUACUUGGUAGUUUUUCUUUUUUCCCUUAUAUUCAGCAUGAAUCAUCAUGUGUGUGUGUGUUUUUUAACUAUAGUGACUGUGCAGUAUUUAAAUAUUUUCGAAUUUACAAAAUAGUAGAAUAGUUUAGAAUUAUGCAUACCCAAAUAAAACCCAUCUAACAAUUACAAUCUAUAAAUAUAAAAUAUAUUUUUGGUCUCAAAAAUGUACAUUGGAUUAUACAGUAUUGAAUUUCUCAUUAUUUCAGAGUCUAGAUUUAGAAAAUAAUGGCAAAUUCCAGAGCACAUGGAACUUGCAUGAGCUCUGAAUUAAUUCUUACACUGAUAAAUUGUUACUUAAACUUUGGAGUGGUAAUUCUAUCCUGAAAGAUAAAACAAAUUAAAAAUAUAUAACUUAGGUUUCAUUGGCAAAAAAAUGGGAUUGAGUUGUAGAGGAUGUAGAGGUUUUUAUUUCCAAGGAUGAUGAAUUAAAAAGUAAAGACCAAGGGAUGUGGUUACUUGAAGACAUUGUCAAAGGUAGGGUAUAAAUCUGGGUAGGUUUUUUCCCACUCAGGAAAAACUGGUUUGAUGUACACAUUUGGACUGUGAAGAAGAUAUUAUCAAGCUAGGGUUGAUUCUCAUUACUUAUUUGAAAUUCUGAUUGUUAGAUUGGGUUCUUAACAUCAUUUCACGUUAUCUAAAGUUGUGUUGUUAUGGAGGCUCUGGUAUAGUUUUACCAUAAUUUCACUGUCAGUGGAACACUUUUGUAAUUAUAUCUCUUUAGUAGAACAAAGAGAAGUGGUAGAAAGAAAGUUAUGUCGAGUUUGAUGAAGUCUAGAUCAUACAUAUACAGAUUUCUUUUUCUGAGAAUUUAUAUUUGAAACAGAGUACAUUACCAACAUACAAGUCUGUUAAUGGGGAGAAAUAGAUGGUUGUUUAAUAGCACUUCUGCUUUAACAUAAUAUGUACAUUUUAAUCAGUCUGAGAAUGUGAUAACAGCAAGACCAUCAUUUUUUAACCUCCGUUAUUUCUCAUUCUACAUAAAUAGUUAUGCUUGUUACAAUUCAUUUUUAUAUACCGAGACAUUGAAAGAUGUUUAAGAUUUUAAAUACAUUUGUAAAUAAGACUGGGUUGAGUUUCUACCUCUUCCUUAAGUCAGAGGGUUUAUUAUGAACUCCAAUAUAUAGAGUUGCCCAAAAUUACUAUGACAUCAUGACUGCAUGGUUUACGUGAAAAAAAUAGUUAAUCUCAAAUAAGUAAUAAUCACUUCUUGAAUAUUUUGAUGCAUUAAAAGAAAAGUUAAUAUAACAGUGUAUAACUGUAGAAAGUGACACAAUGCAGAGAUUUAUAUACUGGUAAUCUGCUUAAAGGAACAGACCAUAGUGGGGUUUGAAACAAAAGGCAAAAAUAUUUCCUAACUAUAAGUCUGAAGGUUAUGUAUAAAAAUAACAAAUUAUUAAAAAUGAAAACUUACUAUAAUAAAAUAUAGUUAACAUCAGGAAAAUACAGCUACAGUCUAUGAAAACACAUUAAUUAAAUGCAGGAGAGGAGGAAUGACACUGACACUUUUAGACCACAAAUCUUUCUUGAGUGCAUUUUCAGCUCUCCCACAAAUCGAUGAAACAUAAGCGCAACACAAUCAUAUAUGCUAGCUUUAAUAUAAAAUAUCAAUAAAGAGACAUAGUAUAAGUAAAGAUAACACAGAUUAGAUACAGUAAGUGAACCUUCCACAAACGAUCAAGUCCAUUAAAGGGUAUGUAACAUAAAAAAACAAUUAAAAAGAGUGGGACAUAAACAUUUUCUUAUAAUCGAGUCUAAAGGACAAGUAACUGCUUAGCUGAACAAAUACAAAACCAAUGUGAAACCCAUUGUUGCUGUAACACUCUACCGAAAUUAGAAAUCAAAUUAAAUUAACCAUAAGUAAGUUUAACCAAGAAAGAAUGGAUAUUCCAAUUUAUGAUAAGAAACUUGAAACUAAAAUCAAUUUCACUUGAAUGCAGACAACAAAAAGCCAAAAGAAUAUCAGGUUUUCUAAAGAUAAUUGCAAACAACGGUGAAAAAUGUAAGAAUUUUAUGUUAAGCCUUUGAACAUUGAAACUGAACAAAGAGCACAAACAUGACUUUUAAUGUAAAUGUGGCCGGUUACGAGGUUUAGGGAAUGUGAGAGCAGAGGUUGAAAGGUAAAACUAAUAGAAGCUACUGUACUUUAGAGAUAAACAAGGUUAUAGAUGUAUAGCUUUUUUUUUAAAUGAUGUUGGGAGCAUGCUUUGCCGGACCCACCACACGGCAAACCACCGGGAUUGAGAUCUGAGUAGAGCCGUGUAAUGGCUGACACCUCAGCACCUCACUGAAUAGUGUGAGUUUUUUUACAGUGGCUGGAGUGCCAAUUCUACCACCAACCCCCAAAUUUUUAAAUGAGAGCAAAAAUAAAGCAUCUGCCCUAUCUAUCAUCUCCUUAACCUGUAUUUCUCUUAGUAUACCAAUGGGUUUCCUGGAUAAAAUCAAUCUAAGUAUUCAUACAAUAAAAGUGUGAUAGUAUUUUCAUCCUUUUUAAUUUGUGGAUCACUUUCAAGAAAUAAGGCUUAUUAUUACUCUGGGGUCCUGUUUAACAGUAGUGUAUAAUUGUGAUAUGCAUACAUAUGAUGCAACAGCAAGCAGUUAUUUAUCAUCAUUAAGUAAAGAUAAUGCAGCACCCACAUCUUAUAGAACCAGAAAGGAGAAGGAGAAAUAUUUAACAAUCCUAAAUCCAUGCAUUUCCCCAACCCCACCUAUUUAGCCUUUCAAAAUGAAGCAAAGACAGGAUAGCUAUGCUCCUUCCUUCUACAGACAGUUGUAUUUUGUUGGUUAAUAAUUUAAAUAAAAGAUUUCUUAUUCGUAAGUAGUAUGAAAUUUUGCUACACAUUUAUUUUAUGACUCAACUUUCCCUGGGGUUUAAUUAGUGUUUUUAUGAAUGACUUUCUCACUUUAUGUCAACUAUGUAAUUACUACAAGGAACUGUGGGCUUUAUGAGUUAGUAACAAAAGCUGAGUAGGGCUAAAGUUGUACGAUGUAAGGAAUAAAUUUAGCAUUGCAGGGACUGAAAUGAUGAUGAUGAUCAUGAUGAUAUACUUUAUUAAUCCCCAAGGGAAAGUAUUCAGUGUUUUUGUUUUCUUCUUUAGUUGAAACUGAAUAUCAUCAAAAAUGGUUUUAAAGAGCUGUCACUCUGAAAUAUAGGAAAAUGGUAUAAUGGAAAUGUCUUUUUACCACUGCUGAUAAACAAAACCUUAAUGGUUUUGAUGCUUCACCAAUAUUUUGGUAGAUAUUGGAAAAACCAGAAUGUCUUGAGAAAACAUAAGAACACCUUUUUCUAAUUAACAU